CACGGGUCACCGUGCUGAGCCCGGACAGUAAUCAGUCACUGCAUGUAGCUGCUGCCAGCGGAGUGUGGCCCUGCUACAGUACAGUAAACCCCGAGCUGCAUGCAGAGCCGCACAUCCCCCGCUGCUGUGCCCUAGCUGGGGGCAGGCGGUGGGAGCUGGGGCAGCAAUGGCAGGGCAGAAUAUCGGUAAACCCGGCGCCUAUGUGUAAUUACUAUAUCGGGCAGCGGCAGCAAGAUCGGGUCACAGGGCGGCAGCAGCAGUCUCUGGCAGGCUGCAGGUAGGGGGAGGAGCGGCGGCCGGGUAAUGGUAUGCUGACUGUGGGGGCUGCGUCCUCCUCUCCCUCCCCUACCCCGGCUGCUGCGUUCCAGGCUCAGUCUCUGCUACUGCUGCUACAGCACGAAGAUGGCGACAGUGGGAGAGAGCGAGGAGCGGGCGUUCUCCUCCAGUGACGGGGAGCCGGACAAUAUGAAAGACUUUAAUGUGGAGAAUUUGAGCAAGCCAGAAUUGCGGUUUCUUUUAAGUAUUUUAGAAGGAGAGUUGGAAGCAAGGGACCUUGUGAUAGAAGCCUUAAGGGCAAGGCGAAAGGAAGUUUUUGUGCAAGAAAGAUAUGGAAGAUUUAAUCUUGGUGACCCGUUCCUUGCUCUUCAACGAGACUUUGAAGCAGGUGCUGUUGCUAAAGAGAAGAAACCAAUCUGUAGCAACCCCAUGACAAUCUUAGAAGCGGUGAUGGAGCACUGCAGGAAGAUGCAGGAGAGGAUGACCGCUCAGCUCGCUGCUGCUGAAAGAAGACAAAGAAAGCUUGAGUCAGAGAAAAGUCAACUUCAAAACAUAGAGCAAGAACACAAAAAGCUAUUGGCUCGUCUUGAAGAAGAACGUGCUAAAAAUAAGCAUGUGGUCCUGAUACUAGUAAAAGAAUGUAAACUUUUAAGUGGUAAAAUAGUGGAAGAAACUCAAAAGCUUGAAGAUGCAGUGUCAAAGCUAGAGGUGGAAAAGAAGAAGAGUGCUGAACUGGAAGAAGCACUGGCUGCUGAGAAACAGCUCCGCACACAAAUGGAAGCACAGAUGGAGGCUCAAAUUGAAAAACAAGUUUCAGAGUUUGACACUGAAAGAGAACAUCUCCGUGCCAAACUCUCCCGGGAGGAGGCACACACCAAAGAACUACAAGAUGAAAUUGACAGGAUGAAGAAAAUCAUUGAACAAUUGAAGAUGUCCCGAGAAGAAGAUAGUAAAGCAAAUAUAUCUCUCCUUCGUAAGAACAAGGAUAAACACUCUGUGUCUGGAGGAUCACGGUCUGUUUCUUGCCAGACAAAUACAUUAGUGGCAGAUAGUGACUCUGAACAUAUUAAGAAGUCUCCAUUGAGUAUACCAGCCAAACCAGCUAUAGUGAACCAUGCUAUAGCAGGCAACACUAAGAUAAAUGUUUGCACAAAUUCAGCAUUUGUUAAACCUGUUUCAGAUAGACAAACAACCCACCAUGAUUCAUUAACUGGUCUUCCUACAAACCACGGCAUAUCUCCAAAUAAUAGCAGGACAGAAGAGAAUGGAUGCUCUUCAGAACUGACAGGCAAUCCCGCUGUCUACACAAACAUUCCAUUUUGUACCUCUCCAGCUUCGCCAAGUUACUUGUCUCAGUCUAUGCAGAGCUUACAUUCAACUUGUUCUAAUACUGCUGUAAAUUCAGGUCUUAGUCCCCGCAUCCAGGCUGCCAAGUUUAAGUUUCAGGCAAAUGCCAAUGAGCAUGACCAAAAUGGAAACACAACUCAAACUCCUCAGACAAGAGAAUUAUCUCCGAACAACCGUGAAAAUAUGGUUGCAAAGCAGAUGGCACGAAAUACAGUGACCCAAGUCCUUUCCAGGUUUACUAGUCCUCAGGGAGGUACACAACUGAGACCUGGGUUCUCACAUGCGAUGGAAACUGGCACAUAUCCACCAGUAGCUGGGCGCAUUGGCCAUCCGUCUUUUGCACUGAAAUCAACUUCAGUUUCAAGAGUUGAUAGGGGAAACCCUCCGCCUAUUCCUCCAAAAAAACCUGGACUUUCACAAACUCCACCUGCACCACAUCCUAUGUUAAAGACACCACCAAAUGCUGGGGGAAAGAGUGAGCAUAAGCCCAUUACAUCUGCUCCCUCCACUUCAGCACAUGGGUUCAGGGUAUUAAACGAGGAAACUGUAUCUAAGUCGUCUUCUCCUCAGCUGCCACCAAAACCAUCUAUAGAUAUACCUGUGGCAUCUGCAGGCUGUGUCAUACCAGCUAUAGGCACAUCACAGGUGGGUGCUUGGCCUUCCCAGUCCCCAGGAUGGAACGAACCUGCAUGUUCAGACAAUUCCCUUGUCAUUCCCACAACCAUUGCCUGUACCUCCUCCAUAUACCCUGUUAGUGCCUCAUCCUCUAGACCAUGUGAUUCAGACAGCCUCCUGGUAACAGCAUCAGGCUGGUCUCCCUCCUUAACUUCUUUGCUAACAAGUGGUGGUCCUGUUCCCCUGGGAGACAGGUCCACCCUUCUUCACCAAGCUGCUGCCCAGGGAAAUGUCACUUUAUUGUCAAUGCUGCUUAAUGAAGAAGGACUGAAUAUAAAUAACUUAUGUAAAGAUUGCCAUACUGCCUUGUAUUCUGCUGCUGCCAAUGGAAAUAAAGACUGUGUAAAGUUGCUGCUGACAUCAGAAGCACAAGUAGAUGCUACUGUUUCAAAUGGCUUUACAGCCCUAUGCACAGCAGCUGCUCAGGGACAUUCAAAAUGCGUCGAAGCAUUGCUGGCACACCAUGCUGACAUCAAUUUUGCUGCUGGAGGACAAACCCCGUUAUAUCUGGCUUGUAAAAAUGGAAAUUAUGAAACUGUUAAACUUUUGCUGGACUCUGGAGCUGAUCGAAGUAUUGCAACAAAUAAUGGUUGGACACCACUUCAUGCUGCUGCAUGUUCUGGAAGCACAAACUGCAUUAAGCUCCUCAUGUAUAGUGGAAGUCGCUGUGAUUCUAAUGAGGAAUUUGAAGUGAGACUUUAUGAUAUGAAGAACAUGGACAACCGUAAACUGAAACCUGUCGUUUCUGCAACACUUAUCAAUAGUGCAGAUAGCGAGGGAUGGACAGCUGCUCAUUUUGCUGCAUCACGAGGAUUUAAGGAUUGCUUAGAAAUCCUGUGCAACCACUCUGGGUUGGAGCCAGAAAUGAAAGAUAAAUGCAGCAGGACAGUGCAUGAUGUAGCAACAGAUGACUGCAAACAGCUCCUGGAGAAUCUUAAUUCAUUCAGCACUCCAGUGAAGAUUUCUCUGGAUGAUGAUAAUCAUAUAUGCUACAGCACAACUGACUCUGAAAGUGAAGACAUUUGUUACCUGCGCAUCCACAAACAAACGACAUGGGAUGAUUUUUCAACAGCUGUGAGUCAGGCUGUAUUGAACCAUUUCAGUACUGUUAUGACUGAUGGAUGGGGGAGCCAGGAAGACUUGACAUUUAAUAACAUUGCUGAAUCCAGCCUUGGACUUGGUUCAAUCACCGACCUGUCAUUUAAGCUAGGCAACACCUCCUGGUCAGUUGGCCAAAUUUUCCUCCAAUCGCCGUGGGAAUUUCUGAAGAUGAGCAAAGUACAUCAAGUAACUGUUUUUAUGCCAGGUCCAAAGGAGGGGUGUCUUAACAGUGUGGCUUAUGCCUCAAUGAUACCACUUCAGACUCUUCAAAACUUCCUCCGUUUGGUUGAACAGUACCACAAUGUGAUAUUUCAAGGACCAGAAGGAAGUCUUCAAGAAUAUAUAGUGAACCAGUUAUCUUUGUACAUCAAGCACAAAGAAGAAGCUACUUGCUUUAGUUGUGAUAUAGUUAAGGUUGAAGUAGAUUCUGAACUAUCCAGAGAGCAACUUGUUGACAUAUUCAUUAAUUCAGGCUGUCUGAUUCCAGUUACCGAACCACCUCCAUCUAAAAAGAAAACUGUUAUAGUUCUGGAAAAAUUGGAGAAGGUGUCAUUAUUGGAACUGCUUGGAGAUCUGAUGUCACCCUUAGAGAAUCGUGGCUCUGACAAUCCAUUUCAUGUUCAGAGAGCAAGUGGUGUGUCAUAUGCCUACUACUUCCAUGAAGAUUGCUUUUUGAUGGGAACAGUGGCAAGGUCUCGCCUACAAGGGCCUGAAUUACUGGUUCAGCAGCAUUUCCGCUGGGUGCAACUGAGGUGGAACGGAGAACCAAUGCACACUUUACUCCAGAGAGUUUUGAAACGGAAAGUUGUGCACAAGUUCAAGGGAAAACUCCCUCCACCUAGUGACCCGGUGUGUAAAGGUGUUGAUUGGAUAUGUGCUGUCUGGCGCCAGCUGAACUCCUGCUUGUCUCGCCUAGGCACACCAGAGGCACUUAUUGGACCACAGCCAUUUAUGUCUUGUCCAUUAGUGCCUGGAAAUGCUCUAGUAAUGGUGAAGUGGAUGUCAAAAUUGUGGAAUGCUGUAAUUGUUCCAAAAGUCAAAGAAGCAAUCCUUUCCAUUGCCACAAUAAAAAGGCCCUCUCUUCUUGGGCAUGUUACAGCCACAAAAACUCCAAGUCAUGGACACCAGGCGAUUGUUAGAGCUGCUCUCAGUAUCCUGCUGAAUAAAGCUAUUCUACAUGGCUGUCAUAUUCCCAAGAGUGAUAUAGAGCAAUAUAUAGCUGAUUUUAAAGGAGGAAACUUUUCCUUAUCUAUGAGUCCUACAUAUAAGUCUGGAGGGAAAAAAAAGGGGGAGAAUGGAGCCUGGAGAAAAGUCAGUACAAGUCCACGUAAAAAGUCCAAUCUUAACUCAUCCUGGAACACAGCAGAAGAGAGAGAGAAAGGUGGAAUGUCAAAGAAUGAACUAAAGAAUGGAAGCAACUCCUCAUCGAUCACAAAAAAAUCUUUGGUUGGUGAUCACCCAAGAUCUCUCCAUGUGGAACAAAGGCUGUCAGUUGGCUCAGAUGAUGAGGUGGAUCUUGUGAAAGAAUUGCGAGCAAUGUGUUCCAGCAAGUCCGAACCAGACAUUACCAAGAUUGCAGACCUGGAUACCUGCCUGGUGAUAUUUAAGAGUCCUUCAAAUGGCCAGAAUUCAGCAACUGUUAACAAACCAUGUUGUCAAAUGCCACAUAAAAAUGGGGCAUGUCCUCUCCGCAGCAGUCCGAUGUCGGACUACAGUGACCAGAAGCCGAAACUAGAACCUGGCUGUAUAAAAGUCAAAUCUUUGCUCCCUAUACCAAGAAGUAACCGAAGAAGCAGCAGUAAUACAAGGCAAACAACCAUUUCUAAAGACUCUAAAUAGGAGUUCUUGAGCUUGCACAACAAUAAGGCAAACAAACCGAGAUCUGUACAUUUUUUUUAUGUAUAAUCCCUGAAGUGCACAAGCAGCCUGAAAUCCGUCACUUUUUUAUAAUGUAUUUAAGGGUUGUCUAGCUGUAAAAGGAUAAUUAUUCCUUGUAGAGAAACAGUCUUUGUAAAUAUGGAAUUCCAGUUUCCCUGUAUUAUAGUAUGUAAAUGGGGACUCAAAACCACUUUAUAUGUAUAUAUGUUUAUAAUGUGUUGAUGUAAGUUGUUUAAAUUACAUAUUUGAGUCUUGGAAAACUUGGAUGUUAUCAACAUUAUUUUUUAAGAAAAAGAUUGUUUUGCCAAAAGUAUUAAUGACAGAGGUGUCACACAGACCACAUGCAGGAUGAUCAGACUGAUUCCUGUGUUGUAUUAUGCACAGUUCUGAUUCACAUGAAAUCUACGUUAAAGGAUUUGUAGUAUUCACAUUCUGUACUCAGAACCCUAAUACAGCAUGGCAAUAACUAGACCCACUGCCCCCAUCAAUGCACCUUUUUUACACAAGCCAUAGACAAAAUGUUGACUGUUCUUUUAAUCAUCAUGAAUAGUUUAUGCUUCUUGUGUAUAACUUGCUGUUUUGUUGCUUGCUCUAUUUACAUUGUUGUUUCAUUAAUGUACAAAAAGAGUUCUUAAUGCAAUAAACACAUUGUCUCCUGUCUAGACA